GGAAAGAGGGCUAUAAGGGCCGAGGCCCUGCCGGGCGGUAACCAACCAGGCCAUGGCGGAUGUCCCCGGAGCACAGCGACCCAUUGUUGGCGGCGGCCCGGAGCCCCGGGAUCCCCUAGACUGCUGGGCCUGUGCUGUGCUAGUAACAGCUCAGAAUCUGCUGGUGGCUGCCUUCAAUCUCGUCCUGCUGGCGCUGGUGCUGGGGACAAUCUUGUUACCCGCUGUCACCAUGCUGGGCUUCGGCUUCCUCUGCCACUCUCAGUUCCUGCGCUCCCAGGCGCCCCCUUGCACCGCGCACCUAAGGGACCCGGGCUUCACCGCCCUACUGGUUACUGGAUUCCUGCUUCUCGUGCCGCUGCUCGUGCUUGCCCUGGCCAGCUACCGCCGUCUCUGCCUGCGCCUCCGCCUGGCCGAUUGCCUGGUGCCCUACAGCCGAGCCCUCUACAGGCGCCGCCGCGCCUCACAGCCCAGGCAAACCCCGGCCUCGCCAGCAUCCCAGACCGUUUCCACACCGGGAAAGGUCUGGGUCUGAGGUGCGUUUGAGUCAAGAAUCCAAGUCGACAAUUCUCCCUCCUGGCGGCCCGAGGACUUGAAGCCCAGGUGUAUUCUGUUCCGCCCUGCUUCCUUACCCUUUGCACGGGUCAGGUCCUAGCAUCCCUGUGGUGAACAGCAGCAUCUGUGGACCCAAUGGCGGCAAAACUCCCAUGCCCCAGAAAAUCUACUCUUACUACCCACAUCUGGAUCUUGAACAUUUGGGCUGGACCCUGCACGCCUUCCCUUCUUCCCCUCCCUUGGAGUGAACAGAAGAGUUGAACCUUGUGCCCUCCUUUUCUGCUGCAGCUUCUCUAAUGUUUAUGGGACUGAGAGGCAAGGAUAGGGAAGAAACGACUACACCAAUAAAAGAAAUUAUAAAAUGAA